GCGAAUGUAAAGACGGAUUUACGUCUGUAAGGAGCGCUUCUGGAGAAGCACAUGGUCUCGUUCUCGAAAGACAACACUUCGCCAGUCUGUACAUUCCUUUUUGGAGGAACCCCCCGAUCUGUUGUCACCGGGAAGAAAAAUAAACGACCACAACCACCUUUUUUAAUGUAGUUCAUGACACGUUUACAGGUCAAAAUUGUCGGGCUUCUCUCCAAAGUGCUUGAUGCGCUUUUAACAUCGUUGGAUGUAAAGUCUAUUACAGGGGAGUCGGAGGUUGCUGGAGUGGAGUGGGUGAGGACUGAGAAGGAUUUCCUAACGGUCUCUCUCUCCUCAUACUCGAUCAUAUUUCAUCAAGUCAUUUCGGUGUUACACAUCAGCUGUUCCACUGUAACUUGGCUAUAUUAUGUUCGUGCUGCCGUGAGACAGUUGGAUAAGUCUCGACCCGUUCAUCCUGCUUCCCGUGCACCGGCACAAUGACCUACCGGCGGACCUACGGGAGUCAGACCUACGGGAGUCAGAAGUUUACAGUGUUUUUGAUAGCACUUCACGUCUUGUUAAUUACAACGUGCUCCGGUGAAGAUGUGCGCUCCUCCAACAAGACCACUGAAGGGAAACCUUUUACUACAACCAAUCAGCAGAGGUCUACUGCCAAGCUGAAACACUACGGGACAACUGUGCCUCUCCUAUUGGUUGGAAAAGAAUGGAGACCAGUCACUCUGCUCCAAUCACAGGGCCAUCCUGCAUCUCUGAAGAUACUGAUAGAAACAGAGGAGGAACAGCUGCUCCUAACUCUGGAGAAAAACCAUGGUCUGUUUGCCAGUCACUACACAGAAACACACUACCUGGAAGACGGCAGCACAGUCACGGGCUCUCACAACCUCAGGGUACGGUAUUACGUCUAACGGAGUCUCAUAACCUCAGGGUACGGUAUUAAGUCUAACGGAGUCUCACAAC